GAGAAGAAAAAUCGAUAUUUUGGCAGCCAUGUUUUUUUAAGAACCUAAACGUAAAAAUUUGCAGCGUCUUGAGAAAAAUAUAUAAAAUAAACUAAAAUUAAACAUAUUCAAUUAGAAAAAACAAUGCCAAUUCAUUAAAUAAAGUGCAUAAAAUAGUAUUUGUGAAAAAUUUGUAAAAAGUUAAUUGAAAAUAAAUAAAAACUAAAGUUUGCCGGGACGUAGCCGCAAUCUUUUAGGUGAGACGAAAAGCAAAAAACUACUUGGUGUAAUUUGGUAAUUAAUAAAAAAAAUGGAAGCUCCACCGACUACAAUCGAUACGGCACCGGUGACCGGUGGUGUAGCACCCACACGUGGCCGUGGUGGUGGAAUGCGUGGUUCUUACGAACGCGGUAGGGGCAGAGGUAUGGGUAGGGGACAUUUCGGAGGUGUGGGUGGACCUGGAGGUUUUCCAAGUCGCGGUGGUUAUGUACCACGUGGUGGAAUGGGUGGACCACCAAUGGGUUAUCCUGGCCGAGGCGGUUAUGCUCCCCGUGGGGCGCCGCCCAUGCGUGGCGCACCCGGUAUGGGUGGUCCGGGUGGUUAUCAAGGGCGGGGUGGUGCACCUAGGGGAGGUCCACCAAUGAGAGGAACUGGUCGUAUGCCUUUAUACAGUCAACCACCAAAGCAACAUACUGGGGUGGAUAAUAAUAAAACCGUAUCGCCUGUACAAGCUAAUGUGGCUAAUCAAGUAGUAGCAGGAACAGAAGAAACAACAACAAAUUCAGUUAAACCGGCACCAGUUACAAAUACUGAUCCCAAUGCUACAACUACGGUUGCGGCCGCUGCUCCCAUCACAUCCAAACCUAUCUCAACAGGAGUUUCACCAAAUUAUAGAGGUACUGGACGUGGUAGAGGUAUGGGAGGACCUCGUGGUCGUGGUGGUUAUAAUCCUCAUAAUGGUUCGGCUGGCAUGUCUUCUAUGUACAGUGGUGGACCACAAAUAGGUGAACAUGGAGUAAUGCGUCGUGGUGGACCACCUCGUGGACGCGGUCAAUAUUCAAAUACUGGCAUGACACGACCACCAAUGAUGCAACAACAGCCUCAUGUUGUCAAUACACAAGUAACACAACCAAAUUCACUGAAGCGUGGAGCACCCGGAGGACCACCAGGUCCCAAACGUGGUCGUUAUGAGGGUGGACCCUAUUCUCAACGUGCACCGGCUCCUAAAUACCAUCAACCACCACAUAUGGCACCACCAACGAGUUAUGGAGUACAACAUCAGCAGGCUCCACCACCACCACCUCAAAGCCAUCAUGCUUAUGCUCAACAUGAUCCAUCACAAACGAUGGAUCCCUAUGCCCAAUCAUAUGCUGCUCCUCAAACACAGGCACCAUAUAAUGGUUAUGGUCAAACGACAGCUUAUUCUCAUGCAGCAGCGCCAACUCAUCCCACAGCACAUCAAGCCAACAGUGGUUAUGCCACACAUGCUGCUACCGAGUAUGAUCAGAGUCAAUAUCAAGGUUACAGUUCGGCUUAUGCCCAACCAGACACACGCUAUCAAACAUAUGGCCAAGACUAUACACAACAGUAUGGUGCUCCUGCUGUUGAUUAUAGUACAUCUCAGGCAGAUUAUACACAACAUGCUCAGCAAAGCUACGAUGAAAGAGCAUAUGCCGGUUACGACACACAAUCGUAUCAGCAAGGCUACACCAACUCUACAGGAUACUAUUAAAAUAUGAUAAAUAUAUAAAAAAGUAAAUGAUUUAAACAAUAACAGAUUGACAUAAAAUACUACUACCACAAUAACGCUGUGCGUGCCGAUGAUACAGUUUGCUGCAACCUUGAAUUAUAAAUCAUUGAGUAAUGCCAAAAAAGAAAACAUAAAAUCUAUAACAAAAAUUAUCAACAUUAACAGAAUCAACGUGUUGCAUGCCCCUUAAAGUAAAGAAUACAAAAAUAUUAAAGCAUCAUAGAUUGAAGAAAAAGUACUUUAGAAAGAAAGAAUAAUACUUUUUUGUUUAAUUUUGUUUCUUUUUAAUUCAAAACUAUUAGAAUUUAGUCAGUCAUUCACACUUUCUUAAUUAAGUGAUUAAAUUUUAUAUAUAUUAAGCUAAACAGUGUAUAAAUUAUUCUACAUUUACUUAAAAAAAAACAAAACAAGUGACAAACAACAAAAUCUAAAUAUAUUAUUAAAAUAUUAACAAAUAAUAAUAAUCGGACAAAGUAAUGACUCCUGCAAAUAAGUCAAAAAUCUACAUAUUUCUUAAUUUUUGUUUAAGAAUUUUGAUUAUUUUCUUUAACUCUCUUCUUUUUUAUUUUAUAAAUUAAAUUUUAACUAUAUGACGAUUUGAUCUUUCUUCUAUUAAUAACGUUUAUACACUAUAUAGUUUGUUUUCUACUCUUUUUCUUUCUCACACUCUCUCUCUCCUUUACCUUUACCAAACACUUAAUGCAAUACUACAUUUUUAAUGUAAUUAUAUUUCUUUGUUUGGACCAUAAAAACUAAAACGAUUAUUGUUUAUUACAGCAAAACAAAAUAUGUUAAAAAUAAAAAUUCAAAAAAUUCAUCAAAUUUUGUAAAUUUAAGAUACAAAGAUAAAACUAA